AUGACAUCAUGCCUUACUCAUAACCCGCAUUUAGGAUUGAUUCAAGGCACCCACCGUGUCGAAAUUGGGUUGAAGUCAGAUGUGAUCGUCGUUGAUAUGCCAGUCGCUAAACGAGGUCUGGUCGCACCUCAGAAUACCUUUCUCGAGAACGUGAUUCGCAGAUGUAAUAAUGCUGAUUGCAGUUUCGUGCUCGCAAACGCACAGAUUGUUGAUUAUCCGAUCGUCUAUUGCAAUGACGGAUUCUCGAAGUUGGUUGGUUAUUCACGUGCUGAGAUAAUGCAGAAGCCAUGCUCAUUGUCGUUCAUGCAUGGUGACCACAGUGAGCCGGAUGCCCUGCAAAGGAUACAGAGCGCGUUGGAUAUGUGCAAAACGGAUCAGACGGAAAUCGGAUUAAACAAGAAAAAUAGUUAUGAUUUGUUGAAUUCAUGCGUUGGUGUUGAAAACAAUCGUGAAAUUUCAGAGACCGCAAUAUGGUUGUUGGUUCAUAUAGCACCAAUAAAAAAUGAUAAAAAUCAAGUUGUUCUAUACUUAUGCCAAUUCAAGGAUAUCACACCGCUCAAACAACCACUUGACGAUGAGAACAAUAAAGGUUACUCGAUGAUUUCACCUUCACACUGA